AUGGUCAAAAUAGACGCCAGUGCAGAUUUGGACUGGAAUAAUUUGCCUCCCCAACAGAGGUUGGGUAGAAUCGUUGGUGGAAAAUAUAUUGAAACCGUGCACAUGGAUGAGUCAUCACCAGAAGCCAUGGAGCGUCCAAUGACAAAAGUCGAGUGUGAUAUCCCAUUAACUUAUACUGAAUCUGUGGAAAAGGACGGCAAAGAAUGGGUAAUGUUAACUUUUGCACCAGGUGAUCCAGAAAACCCAUUUAAUUGGAGUCUUAGAUUGAAAUGGUUUCUAACGACUUUACUGUGCCUAAUGACACUUUUCAUCGGUCUAGCCACCACGGCUUAUAGUUCUGGUAUAGACAGAAUGGCAAAACACUUUAACAGUUCUUCGGAAGUUGGUCAGUUGGGUCUUUUCACCUUCAAUGAAACAUGUUCCAUUGCACCUUUGUUUCUAGCGCCAUUCUGUGAAUUGGUUGGUAGAAAGGUGAUUUACACCGGUGGUUAUCUUUGCUUCUGUCUUUGUUUCAUCGGUCUUGCAUUAGGUAAAAAUAUGGCCACUAUCAUUUGUUUGCGUGCUUGUUUAGGUUUGUUUGGUUGCAUUGGUACCAUUCUUGUUGGUGGUACUUUCGACGAUAUGUUUGUUGCAGAUGAAAGAGCUAUUCCUAUGGCUCUGUUUGCAUAUGUUGCUAUCCUGGGUACCGUGGGUGCUCCAAUCUAUGCAGGUUUUAUUGAUCAAGCCAUUGGCUGGCGUUGGAUUGAAGGUAUCCAAGGGUUAUCUAAUGUUCCAUUGUUGAUUAUCAUCUUUUUAUUUUUCAAAGAAACUCGUGGUGGUGUCACCUUGCAAAAGAGGGCCAAGUCUCUACGUAAAGAUACCGGUGAUGAGAGAUGGGUGUCCAAGGAAGAAUUGGAGGCUCCUGGUCUUAAGGAUGCUCUUUACAACUCCUCUGUUAAGGCUAUUAAGAUGUUAAUCUCCGAGCCCGUGGUGUUUUUCUUUGGUCUUUGGAUCAGUUUCGCAUGGUUCCUAACCUUUUUGUUUUUGUCUGUUAUCGGUAUUACUUUCUCACACUUUAAGCACUGGAGUGAAGGUGUUGCAGGUUUACCUUAUAUCUCCCUUGUUAUUGGUGUUACCAUUGGAUUCUUAACCAACUUUUUGCAAAUUCGCAAAUACGAAAAUAUGAGAAAGAAGUCAAAGUAUCCUUUACCACCUGAAAACCGUUUAUAUGGUGCUAUGACUGGUGCCGUGUUUUUACCUAUUGGUCUUAUGAUCUACUCUUUCACUCAAUACCACUGGUUGCACUGGAUCGGUCCUAACAUCGGUUUGGCAUGCAUCUCUCUCGGUAUCUUCUUCAUCUUCGAAUCCUGUUAUUCCUACACUUCGGAUUGUUAUGGUCCUGAUGCUUCUUCCGCCAUUGCAGGUCAAGGUUUCAUGCGUAAUACUUUAGGUGCCGUUUCACCAUUGUUUGGUAAGUACAUGUUCUUAAACAUGCACAGUCAAUGGGCCGGCCUGUUGUGUAGUCUCGUGGCUUUCGGUUUGACAUUGUUGCCCUUCGUCCUUUACAAAUUUGGUCCUGCAAUCCGUGCCAGAUCUAAGCGUGCUAUUGUGUACCAUGGUGAAGAAGACGAUGAAGAUGACGAAAUUGCUGAACAGCAAAGUAGCUCAAGUACUGGAGGAGGCAGAUCUUUGCAAGAUGAUGCUCACGUUGAAAAUGCUAACAACAACCAGUUAUUCGAAAAGAACGAAGGUUCUCGUGAAUCUGAUUCUCCAGAGACUGCUAGAGAGACUGAUUCCCUAUCACCUUCCGAAAAGGUAGAUAACCAUGCUGGAGUAUCUCGUAGCGUGGAAGAACACUCAGAUACCGUUUCUGAAAGUGAAUUACAUGGCCAUACUGGUCGUGCAUGA